AUGGAAGAGAGGCUGCAAAGACAGUCGCCUCUUCACCCCGGCAACGAGGUGAUGGAGCCGGUUGCCAGGCCGCUGUCCGCCAGCUCCGCCACAGCGCCCGGGGCACAGGCCGGCCAGCCCACGCCCACCACGCCACAGCACUACGACUGGCUCCGCGAGCUGCCACAAGGGCAGCUGGCAGACAUCCGUCGCUGCGACUCGCCCUUGGCAGCUCGGUCGCUCCUGGCGGCCUCUUGCGGUGCGCCGCGGGGGGUUCUGAAGGAGCUCGGAAGACAGACGAGGGCCACCAUGGACAAGGUCUUCGCCCUAGAGGAGUCCAUCCGAAAGGAGCAGGACGAGCACCAGGCGAAGCUCGAGGCGCUGCGCGCCGACCACCGCGUGGAGAAGCGGCGAGGGAAGCUGCGGCUCCUGGCCCGUUACGCGCCUCACGGCGCGGCUGCCCGCGAGGCGCUCCGAUGCGAGGCUGCACUGCCGCCUGAGUUCCACGAAAGCGAGCCACCGAGCCGGCGCAGCCAUGCGGCGACCAGAACGCCUCCGCGGAGCUGGGAGUGA